AUGUCGAAUGAAACUGUGCCUGUUGCUAUCCUUAUUACUGUUCCUGUUAAUCAUGGAGAAAAGUCAGAAAAAUUCAAUGAAUGCUCCAAAACGAAGGAAAAUGAGACAAAUAGGCAAGUGGUUGCUGUUGUGGAAGUAUGGGAACAUGCUGACUUCCUGUGCAAAAACUAUAUUCUGAAUGGAUUGGACAACACAUUGUAUAGUGUGUAUAGUUCAAUCAAGAGAGCAAAAGAAUUGUGGGAUUCCUUGGAUAAGAAAUACAAGACAGAAGAUGCUAGAACUAAAAAGUUCAUUGUGGGCAGACUUUUGGAUUACAAAAUGGUGGAUUCCAAAACUGUACUUAGUCAAGUGCAAGAGCUACAGGUAAUCUUACAUGAAGCAAAUGCUGAGGGUAUGUUUGUAAGUGAAUCAUUUCAAGUGGCUACUAUCAUUGAGAAACUGCCUCCAUCUUGGAAAGAUUUCAAAAAUUACUUGAAGCAUAAGCGCAAGGAGAUGAGGCUAGAAGACUUGAUCAAUAAGAGGAAGUACUCUGGUGAAAGCUCAAAUCAAGGAACUAGUGGGGGUAACUUUACAAAGUUCAAUGGAAAAUGCUAUGUGUGUGGCAAGAUGGGGCAUCGUGCUAAGGACUUCCAUAAGCAUAAAGAUCAAGGGACCAAGAAAGGCUCUCAAGCCAACAUUACUGAAGUGGAAAAUCUUUCUAAAGAUGUGAAUGAUAUAGACCUUUCUACAGUGAUUUCUGAAGUGAACUUUCUUGGGUGCUAG